AUGGCCGACCAACAGCUUCCAAUCAUGGCGCCCCACGCACCUGCCCUGUCUGAUAACGUCAGUCUCCCACCACACACUCCGAACUUCCCCUCUUCGCCUGAUACUCCGCCAUCAUCAAAAGAAGAAGAGCACCAGGAAACGCUCUCCAAUUCUCCCCCCAAAGAUUCCACCCCGCCUGAUAUCCCAACCUCGGACACACCCUCAAAUCUCUCUUUGUUGGCGCCGUCACAGGAUCACCCCAGCGACACUGAAACGGAGAAUUUACCUGGGGACAAUAUAACGGCCUCGGCAUCAGCACAGGGCAACGGUGACCAGGAUUCGGCGUGUACUGAAGCGCCUCCGACCGAUAAAGAGGCUUCUCCGAAAAAGCUAUCUACGACCCCACAGCCGGCACCACUCCAGAAGGUUCCCUCAGCUACAAAACACACUCGGACAGAUUCCUCAGCAAUGGGAUUUACAGGCGACAAAGUGCAAGACAAGAAGGUUGGCGCGGUUGCGUUGUUCUCGUCGUUGUUUGCGGCGAAGGGAGCUGCUGAGCUCGACCACCCCGUCGCGGCAGCUGCGCCGGUUACACAGGCCUCUACUGCCGCGGCAAGGCAAAGAUCAGGCUCCACGCUGACGGUGCAGAACUCCAAGAAUGGAAACAAGGGUUUCUUCAAUUCGAUCGGCAGCUCGUUUGGGCAUGCCAUCCAGAAAAACGCCUCGGCGGGCAGCUCGCCGCCAGAGUCGCCAACGCGAUCUUCGCGCUCGAUGCGUGAUUAUUCGCCAGAGAUUGGGCCGACUAUGUUGAUCGAUGAGUUUGCGGGGAUCCCGUUCCGUAAUCUGUUGAACUCGUUUGUUCAGGAGCCGGAAGGAACCGCGGAGACUCCGGAGGAGGCUCAGAAACGUACACCUGAAGCGCGUCUUGAGGAGCUUGCUAUUACCGCGGGUGAUCUUUUGGAGCGUGUCUAUGAGGCCUACAAGUCCAGGACCCAGGCCCUCGGUGAUAUGCACAAUGAACAGGAGGUUACGAAGGAGGUCAUGGAGGAGUCACGAAUUAAGCUAUCGGAGUACAAGAUGCAGCUUGGACGUCUUGCUACCGAGGAAAGCAUACUACGAGAGGCGCAGGAUGUGAAGCUUGCAGAAGGAGAGAAGCGGAUCAAAGAGCUGGAGAGAGAGCUACAGAGGGAAAGGGCGAAGCGGGAAGAGCUGGAAGGGGAGCUUGAGAGACGGACGACAUUGAGGGUAAAUAAGAGGACCUCCGCAGCCAGUGACAGUGGAUUCGAGAGUGACACUGAGAGCAUGUUCUCUCGGGCCAGCCAGGUCGUUAGUCCCAUAGACAGCUUCAUGGAUGGCGGUGUCGACGACCGGAGCCUCACUAUUUCAACAAGCACCAAGUGUGAGCACUGCACUCGCACCCUCACUCCAUCGAGCGCCUCGAUCAGAAACCCGACGCCACUAUCGCAGGCAUGGAGCGCUGGAUCGGACGGGACGGCCACGCCCACACAGACCCCCGUCACCAGCCCAGUCACAACCACUAAAUGGGGAUUCGCGUCGCUCACACGCCGCGGCACCGGCGGCUGGAUUGGCAACAACGAUACCGACGUUCGUGCCGAAAACCGCAUGCUGAGAGCGCGAGUUGGAGAGCUAGAAGCCGUGGUGAACGAUGUAUUGGAAGUUGUUGCUGGAAGAGAACGCAUCAACGUAUAA